CAGAGACAGACAGACACUGAUGCCUCACUCCGAGGCAAGAGUCGUAUCAGAGGACCAAAUUACACCUACGGAUUGUUUUACGCUGUCACCAGGAAGGAGAUAACGCAAGAAUCUACCGCAAACAUAAUCUUGACUCGAGGAUUGCCGUCAGAAGGGAUGGUGUUUAUAGAGGUCACGACAAGUUUUAUGAUCUUUUGUGGCAGGCACGGUGGAGUCGUGGGCUGCUAACUAUUUACCCGUACAAAAGCGUCUAACUUAUAGACUUCUAAGGUGCCUUACCGAAUAUCCACCGGCUCGCUGGCAUAUAUCUUCAGAGAACUGGUACGUUGUGCCUUGUAUUUUCUGAGCUUCUCUUUUGUGCGAGUAGUAGCCAUGUCGAAAGACAGUGUGAAGCUCUUGAACUUCUGGCCGAGUAUGUUUGGCUUGAGAGUCCACUAUGCGCUGGAUCUGAAAGGGGUGUCCUACGAUUACCAGGAGGAGAAUUUGUUCAACAAGAGCAAGGAGCUUCUCGAGGCAAAUCCAAUCUAUACGAAGAUUCCGGUUCUCAUCCACAACGGCAAGCCUAUCUGCGAGUCUCUUGUCAUCGUCGACUACAUUGACAGUGUGUGGCCCGGUUCUCACAAGCUCCUCCCGGAAGAUCCAUACGAAAAGGCUGUGGCUCGCUUCUGGGCAGACUUUGGUGACAGAAAGCUCUAUGACGCCGGGAGCCGACUCAUACGAGCUAUGGGGGAGGAGCACAAGAAAGCCGGCGAGGACUUCAAGUGGGCUCUGAUGAAAAUCGAUGAAGCUCUCGGCACCAUCGCUCCAGGCAAGCCUUUCUUUGGCGGCGAUGCUAUGAACUUUGCAGAUGUUGCUCUGGCUCCAUUCAUCUGCUGGUUCAAAGGCUACCAGAAAGUGGGAGGAUUCGUGCUUCCAGGCCCGGAAGAAUGGCCCAAUCUCUACAAGUGGGUGGACGCUGUAAAUUCCGUGGACGCGAUCAAGAUAUCCACUCCAAGCGAUGACAAGGUUACUGAAUCCGUUGAGCGUUACAGGAAGCAUUUUACCGGGGCUGCCUAAAACACGGACGGUUUUCAAGAUAUGUACUGUUUUCGAUUCAUCAUCUCGAUGCGUAAACAAUAAAAAGUACUUCAAAUAAA